CGAGGGAGUUAUCCACUUAAGGGUUGCAAGUGGGGUAAAUGCUUUGUGGCGCUUACAUUUCGCUCUCGCCUGGGUACAUUGAUACACUCCUGAACUUGCAUCAAUUGCUAUAAUUUUGGCUAUUUUACAUCGACGUUGGGGCAACAUGUCGGUUGCGUCUGCAUCAAUACAGUUUUUUACUCGUUUGUUACGAUAUCGAACGAAAUGUGCCGUUCCGUUUCACGCAACAUCUAGGAUUUUAAUAUCACCAUACCUGCCCCAGGUCUUUGGUGGUAAUAAGGUGCUACUGGGCACCUGUGCACAGCCACUCAGGUCAGAGGAGAAGGUGACUGUCUAUUUCAUCAACCGCGAUGGGCGGAAGAUCACCACUUCGAGUGCCAAGGGCGACAGUCUUCUAGACCUGGUGGUCGAACAAAACCUAGAUAUUGAAGGUUUUGGUGCGUGUGAGGGGACCCUGGCCUGUUCCACCUGUCAUGUGAUCCUGGAUCAGAAGGUGUACAACCAGCUGGGGCCCAUCACUGAUGAGGAGAAUGAUAUGCUGGACCUGGCCUUUGGCCUCACUGAUACGUCUCGUCUGGGUUGUCAGGUCUGCCUAUCCAGAGAUCUGGAGGGCAUAACGGUCCGUGUGCCAGACCGGGUGAACGACAUGCGGCGGUCUGAUGAUACUGGACCUACACUGUAAAGCAUCUUGUUGUUUUUACAGUAUUAUACAAAACUAACAGUAAAGUACUAUAUUAAUGAUUAAUUGCCCUAAAUCUAAAUGCAAGCUGGGUGGUUUUAGGCGUAACUGAUUAAUUGAUACCUUACAAUUCCUAAGAAACUUAGUUUAACAGUACAUUCCUGUUAAAAAGUGCUAUAUUUCCAAUGGUUCUGUAAUUCCACCCCACAGAAUACUGUACCCUUCCCUGUAGUGGGUUCAUGGUAUUGUUGUUUUCAUUAACAUAUUAUGAGGUGUGCCUUGUAAGAGGCUGCAUUUGUUCCACCGGUUAGUGAGAGUGAGGUACCAAUUUAACUGAUACAGUGGUAGCAGUGCCUCAACAAUUGAAUGUGCAUACAGUAAGGGACAGAUUGGAGUGGCAGCAAGUGUUAAACCUUUAAUGGUUUAGUAUUUGCCAUGUUCUUUGGUCUGUUUUGCCCUGCAUUCACUGCCAGUUUAGAAGCCUUUGUUAAGGCCUCUAGAAGUGCAAGUGAUAUACAGUACCAGUCAAAAGUUUGGACACACCUACUCAUUCAAGGGUGUUUCUUUAUUUUUACUAUUUUAUACAUUGUAGA